AUGCGUCGCUUCGAACGGAUCUAUGAUGUGGUGGAGCCCGUUGAAGAGUAUCGCCCGGGGGGAUAUCAUCUAGUGCACCUUGGUGACGUGUUUCAUCAGAGAUACGAGAUCACUGGAAAACUAGCUUUUGGCCAAUAUUCCACAGGAUGGCUUGCAAAGGACCGGCAAUUGCUGGGAUGUAACGCCUUGCAGGGACUCGCGACAGGCGUGUUGAAAAUUUCAAAGUCAGAAGCGUCCCAAAGCAACAGCGAGCUCUCUUUCCUUCUUACCCUGUCAUGCUCUGACACAGCCCACCCUGGAAGAAGACAUGUUGUUGAGAUACUCGAUCAUUUUUCUCACACGGGUCCGAAUGGAACUCACUUGUGUCUUGUUUUCCCAGCGAUGAUAUCCGAUGGGGAGGCAAUGACAAUCAGUGGGAAACCCCGAGAAGCAGAAUAUACUCGGGCUGUUUCUCGUCAGAUUCUGCUGGGCCUUGACUUCCUUCAUCAGUCAGGUAUCGUUCAUUGUGGUCUGCAACCAGCAAACAUCCUGUUUUCGCCUCCCGAGUUCAGCCCCGUCAAAUGGUUACCAGGUGUGGUUGAAGACCACAGCGCCCCCAGAUAUCUAAUGCCUGCGCAAAGGCGCCGAGGCCAGUUGGAUAAUGCAGAUUUCUCGACAAUUCAGGUUAGGAUCGGUGAUCUGGGCGGAGCUCAAUAUAUCCGCCAAUGUGACCAGCAACCAGUAACACCUCUGGCCUUGCGUGCACCUGAGCUGAUAAGACAAUAUACCAAUGGCGCUACUAUAGAUAGAGCCAUAGACAUCUGGACUCUAGGUUGUUUGCUAUUUGAACUUGCAACAAAUGAGCCCCUGUUCCCUCUGGAUACGUUUGGUCUUACGCGUGAGGAGAUAGACAAUGACCAUUGUUCUCUCAUCAAUCAAAGACUGAGUUCAAACAGCCAGGAUGAUGAGAACUUCAUGAGAUACCUGAGUGACAGGCUACCGAAUAGCUUUGGUGCUAAGAAUGUGAAGACUCUGGCAUCAUACCUUUCCCAUAUGUUACAAGUAAGCCCUCGCGACCGACUGUCGGCAAGCAACUUACUUCAGACACCGUUCCUAUCAUCUGCAUCCCAGCAUUAG